AACCUGUCUUCGAAGCAACCCUAGCAAGGAGGAUGUUGGAGCUUAGGCUAGUGCAGGGAAGUCUUCUGAAGAAGGUCAUCGAGGCGAUCAAGGAUCUGGUGACCGAUGCUAACUUCGAUUGCUCGGCGACGGGGUUCUCCCUCCAAGCAAUGGACUCGAGCCAUGUCGCCCUCGUUGCUCUCCUCCUCCGAUCCGAGGGCUUCGAGCACUACCGCUGCGAUCGAAACAUCUCUAUGGGGAUGAACCUCAACAACAUGUCUAAGAUGCUGAAAUGCGCUGGAAACGAUGAUAUCAUCACCAUCAAGGGCGACGAUGGUAGCGACACUGUCACUUUCAUGUUCGAGAGCCCUAAACAAGAUAAGAUUUCAGAUUUUGAGAUGAAGCUUAUGGACAUUGACAGCGAACAUCUAGGCAUUCCAGAGGCAGAAUAUCAUGCAAUUGUGAAGAUGCCGUCUUCAGAAUUUGCAAGAAUUUGUAAGGAUCUCAGCAGCAUAGGAGAUACUGUUGUUAUUUCAGUUACCAAGGAGGGAGUUAAAUUCUCUACCAGAGGGGAUAUUGGAACUGCGAACAUAGUCUGUAGGCAGAAUAAGACUGUUGAUAAG